CCGAAGCAUGACGUUCAGCGCCAAGGAAGAAGUUGUUCGGCGGAUCGCCCGCUUUAGCUCGGAGAUUUUCCAGAAACGGAUGCGAGGCAUCGGGAAUAUCUUUCCGGGGGAGGCCAAGGUGCAAAAAAUUGUAUCCUCAGCUUUUAUUUGUCAUGGAUUUGGACGCCAGACCGUCCAGCGCGGCCCAUUCCCGUCCAGUUGGCAAUGGCUCCAAUCCAGGCUAGAUCUCGCAGAACUUGAUUGUUAUGGUCAUUUGGAGAAGGCAAAAGAGUCUAUGACUCAGGAUACAAACGGGUCGCAUGCUGUAAUUGAUACCGAAGAGUCCCAGGAGGAUCACGAUAACAAGGAUAAGGGUGAUGAAAAGAUGGACGACCGAGACGAAGACGAGGACGAUGAAGACGAUCUCGAUGUCUUAGAGGAUGCUCUAAAAAUUAUCCAGAAGCUUAAGGUCCAUUUACCCGAGUUCUUCACUCCUACAGGAACGGAGCCGGAGCCAACAAUACUGUUCCACGAUGACCUUAACCGACACAACAUUCUCGUUGACGAAGCAGGGGAGCUAACGGCUGUGGUGGAUUGGGAAUGUAUUUCUGCUUUGCCGCUGUGGGCGGCCUGCCGGUACCCGUCUUUUAUUGACAGCAAAUCGAACGAUGUGGAACCGAUCAAGGAGCGUUAUCAUCAAGAUGAACAUGGCCAAGUUGAUGAGCUGUUCUGGGAACACCUCGAAGACUUUGAGUCGACGAAGCUCCGUCGCCUCUUUUUGCAAGAAAUGCAGAGGUUGGCUCCGGGGUGGGUUAAUAUUUUCGAAGCGAGCCAACGCCAAAGAGACUUUGAUAUGGCUUUGGACUCGUGUGAUGACGAGUUCUCAAUACGGAGAAUUCUGACUUGGCUGGAGGAGAUAGAAUCAGGCAAGAAGGACAUUAGCAGCUUAGAGGCUCGGUUUUCGUAAUAACCACCGUGAGCUAUCUCUAGGUCUCCGUGUUCCCUCUUCUUGGUUUUUCUGUGAUGAACAACUAUGCCUUUUCCC